GCUUUAUGUCUCUUCUGCAACACACAAACAUGUUAAAGAAUACAUUUAAAGAAAAUAGAAUAAACGACAGCGUUAAGGAGAAGAUUUUUCAUGAAUUUCGUAAAGAUGAUCAUUGGUUCGAUCCAACCACAGAAACAUACCUUAUCAUAUUUUAUUGUGCAGUUAUUUUCAUUGGAACCUUUAGUAAUGUUGUCAUUUGCUUUAUCGUUUGGAAAAAUAACAGCUUGCGUAAACCUCGGAACAUCUUCAUUGUAAAUAUAGCGGUAUGCGAUAUUAUUAUGUGUACCUUUUGUAUGCCUUUCUCUCUUGUUAAAUUGACCAUGAAAAACUGGCAUCUUGGAUUGUUUUUAUGUAAGGUUGUACCAUCUCUUCAAAAUAUCGAUAUUUUCGUCUCUACUUUCACUAUUGUUGCGAUUGCGCUCGACCGUUACUGGGCAAUAGUGCAUGCUUCGAGAAAUAUACAUAUGAGAACCGUAUUAUAUAUGCUGAUAUUUAUUUGGGCAUUGGCACUAUUCUGUUGUAUUCCGAUGCUUCUGUUCCAUGAAGUUCACAUCGUGUAUAGCGAAACCAUAAAUCAAGAAGAUUUCCAAAUAUGUAUGGAAGUAUGGCCGUCUGAUAAUUUGAAAAUUGUUUAUACACUGUUUGUCACAGUUGUUCAAUACUUGAUGCCUUUGUUAAUUGUAUCAAUCAUUCAUUCAAAAAUAUGUUGUGUGUUACGCAUGCGGGUCACAAAAGAUCCAAUAACAGACAACGAGAUGCAGCGUGCACUUCGCGAUGUGAAACGUCACAGGCGUAAUAUGCUUCUGCUUACUGCUAUAGCGAUUACAUUCGGAAUUACUUGGCUGCCAUGGACUGUUUUAAACAUAACGGCUGAUAUAAAUGUUGAAAUGUUCUUGCAUAAAAAGUUUCUUUUGAUUUAUGCAAUCUGCCUUUUGAUAGCCAUGUCGUCUGCAUGUGCUAACCCGGUGCUUUAUGGAUGGUUCAACCUGAAUUUUAGAGAUGCCUUCACAAACUCAUUAAUUUUUUGGAGAAAAGAUUCAACAGAUUCACAAGAAAUGGUUACAUACAACAAGACAUCGAAUGAUAGAAAAUCGUAACAUUUAUCCAAAGGGAGGUUGUUUUCUACUUCAAUUGGGUUUAUUUAUUUUCUUAAUCAAAUAUUUCUCAUAAACUGCGUGUAAUCAAAUGUUCUUUGUAAGAUUACAAUGUUAUUUAAUAUAUUACUACC